AUGAUUUUUGGGAUGUUAUAUUUUGCCAGGGAAUGUAAAUCCAAGAAGAAGAUUAUGAGGGGAAAAUACAUGCAGUUGUUAGCCUCUUUAAUGAGAAAGAAUAUUGAUGUGAAGAUCUUGGUUGCUAAAGUUGAGAACUGGGUGGAUGAUGAAGAAUCAUCUGACAAAGAUGGACGAAAAGACACGUGUUUGAUGGCUUACACUGAUGUUCCAGUCACUGAUAAAGAAAGUAUAGGAUUUAUUACCUUUAAAGCUGAUCUCGCCAAAGUCACUAAGGAUUCAAAGAAACAGGACUGA